AUGACUAUGUUGGUGCUCUCAAAAUCGGAUGGAACUGAUGAUGAUCUUCCUCCAUCACAUCAAAGUAGAGUGCUUCGAGGUGGUCGGGUUGCUGGUAAUGGUAAACCUCUGGUUAUGGGGUCUGUUCCAUAUCCUAGUAUGUAUGGUGAUUCUGAUAUGGAGGCCCAAAUUCACCAGCUCGAGCAAGAAGCAUACACUUCGGUCUUAAGAGCCUUUAAAGCUCAAGCCGAUGCCAUUUCAUGGGAGAAGGAGAGUUUGAUAACCGAACUAAGAAAUGAGUUAAGAGUGUCAAAUAAAGAACAUAGGGAGCUUCUUGGCAGAGUUAAUGCAGACGAUGUGAUCAGAAGAAUAAGGGAGUGGAGGCAGUCAGGUGGACAUCAACAGCCCAUGCAACCUGUCCAUGAUCCAGUACCCAGUCCUCCAAUAGCAGCUCCUCGUAAGAAACAGAAAACAGUACCUACGAUACCUCCUCAAACAUUUGGAGGCCCUUCUCCUCCCUUCCAUCCCCAGGCUGGACCGAAUCAGCCAUCUUCUUCAAUAAAGCGACCUGGGACGGGGCCAAAGGGAAAGAAACCCAAACCAGGACAAGCUGUACCUGGAGGGCCUCCCAUGAAAAUGCAGUACCUUCCCCCUGGUCCAACUGGGAGAAAUCAAUUCGUCCAUCAGCCUGCUUCUGGUGGUCAUGAACCAACUGAGUCAGGGUCAUUUCAUCCAUUGAUAGGUAGGAAAGUAAGGACCAGAUGGCCAGAUGACAAUAACUUCUAUGAAGCAGUUAUAACUGACUAUAAUGCAGUGGAGGGCUUACAUGCUCUUGUUUAUGAUAUGGGCACUGCAAAUGAGAACUGGGAAUGGGUCAAUCUUUCAGAGAUUCUGCCUAAAGAUAUAAAAUGGGAUGGCGAAGACCCUGAACUGUCUCAUCAUGCAGGUCAUGCUGGCCAAGGUCAUGGCUUGACUAGACCUGGUGGACAUGUGGGGGAUCUAGGUGCGGUUGAAAGGGUUUUCAGCUCUAAUCACCCAGAUCUUUUGGAGAUUGAGAAGGCAAAGAAAGUGCUAAAGGAUGGAAUUCCAACUCACCGACAACCAUCACCACCAACACCUCAGCCGCACGAUCAAGUUCGAAUCCAAAGUCUGGAUUUUAAUUUGGAUGCCAUGGGAAGCCGUGGAACUGACUGGAUCGUGGCAGAUGGGGAGGGCGAUGACGGUGGAACUGAUGAUGAUCUUCCUCCAUCGCAUCAAAAUAGAGUGCCACGAGGUGGUCGGGUUGCUGGUAAUGGUAGACCACCCGUUAUGGGGUCGGUGCCAUAUCCUAGGAUGUAUGGUGAUACUGAUAUGGAGGCCCAAAUUCAUCAGCUAGAGCAAGAAGCGUACAGUUCGGUCUUAAGAGCCUUUAAAGCUCAAGCUGAUGCCAUUUCCUGGGAAAAGGAAAGUUUGAUAACUGAACUUAGAAAAGAGUUAAGAUUGUCAAAUGAAGAACAUAGGGAGCUUCUUGGCAGGGUUAACGCAGACGAUGUGAUCAGAAGAAUAAGGGAGUGGAGGCAGUCAGGUGGACAUCAACAGCCCAUGCAACCUGUCCAUGAUCCAGUACCCAGUCCUCCUAUAGCAGCUCCGCGUAAGAAACAGAAAACAGUACCUACGAUACCUCCUCAAACAUUUGGAGGCCUGUCUCCUCCCUUCCAUCCCCAGGCUGGACCGAAUCAGCCAUCUUCUUCAAUAAAGCGACCUGGGACGGGGCCAAAGGGAAAGAAACCCAAACCAGGACAAGCUGUACCUGGAGGGCCUCCCAUGAAAAUGCAGUACCCUCCCUCUGGUCCAACUGGGAGAAAUCAAUUCGUCCAUCGGCCUGCUUCUGGUGGUCAUGAACCAACUGAGUCAGGGUCAUUUCAUCCAUUGAUAGGUAGGAAAGUAAGGACCAGAUGGCCAGAUGACAAUAACUUCUAUGAAGCAGUUAUAACUGACUAUAAUGCAGUGGAGGGCUUACAUGCUCUUGUUUAUGAUAUCGGCUCUGCAAAUGAAACCUGGGAAUGGGUCAAUCUUUCAGAGAUUCCGCCCAAAGAUAUAAAAUGGGAUGGCGAAGACCCUGGACUAUCUCAUCAUGGUAGUCAUGCUGGCCAAGGUCAUGGCUUGACUAGACCUGGUGUACGCGAGGGGGUUCCAGGUGCAGGGAGAGGCCGGGGUAUGUCAAAAAGUCACUCACGCAAGGAUUUUCCUCCAUCACAGAAUGGCAUUGGAAAGAAGGGAUCAGAUGAUAUUCAGUUACUUCACACAGAUACUUUAAUUAAGGAGGUUGAAAGGGUUUUCAGUUCUAAUCACCCAGAUCCUCUGGAGAUUGAGAAGGCAAAGAAAGUGCUAAAGGAACAUGAACAAGCGCUCACAGAUGCAAUUGCAAGGCUUGGUGAGAUUUCUGACGGUGAAAGUGACGGAGGAGGCCAUUUCUUGCAUGGUCAAUCACUCGAUCAUGAAUGA